CAUCACCACAUUCAAAUUCUCCUCCUCUCCUCCUCGAUCCCGCAUCUUCUCCUCUCUCUCUCUCUUCUCAGCUUCUCAUCGAUCACUCGGAUCGAGAUAUCAUUCGGCCACUCCUAUAAGCAGCAAACAAAGAGUAUAUAUAUACAAGGACAAACGACCGGCAGUCACUCGUUUGGACGUUGGACAAGUAAUUAUCGUCAUCAAAUCUUCUCAUACACGGCUACAUCUCGCCUCGAUCGGUUGUCCUGAACAUCGCACCAAAUUUCGACCAUGAGCAAACACUUCGCCACCGCUACCCGAUUCGCUCGGACAUUCUCCACAUCGCCUGCAUCUCGAUUGUCACAAAACCUUCCGCGAGCGGCUGCAGCCACAUCGACUUCCACCGUACCAUCGCGGCCUGCCUCGGACGUGGCAAAGACGCCCCAGAGACGUACCGUAUACGCUCGAGUAGCCAAGCCAGCUGGAACGACUUCGACUUAUCGCAGGACCCCUGUCAAGCCGGCUGCCGCUGCCGCCCCUACUCCAAGGAAUGCCGUCGAGUCGUCAGAACCAUCGAUGCCUGAUCUGGAUGCAUUAGAUGCGGAGGAAGCCUCUUUCCCUGAUCCCCAGCCGGUGGCGGAACUGCCGGACUAUGUCCGUUUGGCGCCGCCCAUCGAUCAUUCCGGAGCCCCCGCCCGAAGGACCGAACCAGCCCUUCCUAGUCCUGCCUUGUCCGAGCAUCCAGUCCAUGCCGGUCGAAACAUCGAAGUUGGAGAGGACUGGACGACGAGUUUCUACGGUCUGAGCGCCAAGCCAUUCCCCAAAGAUGUCGCCAACGUCCUCUUGCGACCUUUGGCCCCGACCGAUAUCGAGAUCAAGCCAGACGGACUCAUCUACUUGCCCGAGAUCAAGUACAGGCGAACUCUGAAUGAAGCGUUUGGACCGGGAGGUUGGGGGAUGGCCCCUCGUGGCGAAACCACCGUCGGCCCGAGGAUCGUCAGCAGAGAAUGGGGUCUUGUCUGUCUUGGCAGACUGGUCGCGAUCGCGAGAGGUGAACAGGAAUACUUUGAUCCAUCCGGUGUACCCACCGCCACGGAGGCUUGUAAAUCCAACGCCCUCAUGAGGUGUUGUAAGGACCUUGGAAUCGCAAGCGAACUAUGGGAUCCGAGCUUUAUCAAGCAGUUCAAGAACAAACACUGUACCGAGGCGUUCGUAGAGCACGUCGUCCAGAAGAAGAAGCGCAAGCUCUGGAGGAAGAACGAUACCAAGUUUGAUUACCCUUACAAGGAAUGUUAGCCGGUCCUUCGCGAUCUACGUCACAUAUAAUAGAGAACCUUCGAUCCGGUCCACGACUCAAGGCCAUGCAACCGCUUCUCCUGCUCUGUUCGCCUCUCGCUUCUAUAGCCCUGUGUAUUACGAUUUUACGAUCGAACUGUACAGACGAACAGAUAUAGCGUCUAUGUGCUUUUCUCGAUUCGUCACCCUCGGACCGAGAUUCACCGCGGUUCCGGGAA